AUGUCCUUCAAGAAAAAUCGUGAGUGCCUGCUAUACAAUAUUUUCCUGCUUAAAGCAGGUAAAGAACUGGGGAUUUGCUAACAGCUAAAUUAUACCUAAAAGAAGGAGAUUAUGGGGAGGAGUCUAACAGUUUACAAUUUAGGUAUCUGCCUGCCUUUUCUGUUCCAGAUUAGAGAAUAUCCCAGUUGCUAUGCACUGCCUCUAAUCUGAAGGGAAACACACACACACACACACAAGAAAAACAACAUUUAGUUUGGGGAUCAUGAUAAAAUGGUUAAAUGAAAAGUGUCAAAAUGCUAUUAGUUAAAUAGUCCAAGGAUGUACUUUCCACAAAUAUAUACUUUUGUGUUGUGGUUUUGAAUGCUCUAACAGAGUACUACAAAGUUGUAUUCUCAGCAAGACAAAUUUUACAAUGUUUUAGUUUUCAAACUAUAAUUCACUCAAUGCAAACUUUAUUUUAUAACCUAUAAAAAUAUAUAAUGAAUGAAAUCCUAGAUAUAAUGGGCAUUAUAACAGUCAGGACAAAUAAGUAAAUCUAUUUUAAAAUAGUUUUCUUCAGUUGCACUUGUUGUGUAGACAUUCUAAAAUAUGAAAGAUUUUUAAAAUAUUUUAUUCAUAUUUAAUAAUGUGUUAUGUACACAUAUCAAAAUAUAUGUAUACAUAAUAUAUCAUAAGAAAUUAAUAUUUCUCCUUAACAAAUUAUAUAUAUAUAUGUAUGGGUGCACUUAAAAGAAACAUUAUAGUGUCAGGAACACAAACAUGUAUUCCUGAUACUAGUGUCAAAAUCACUAUUCAGGUCCUCUGCCCCCCUUUAAAAAGAUGUUUAAAGUCACCUUUUUUCAAGCGCCACGCUUGGCCCCACCUCGCUCGCCUCCGCGGCUGAGAUCAUAAAAUUUGAUGAUCUCAGCCAAUGCAAUGCUAAGGCUAUUACGCAUGUAUGGCAAAAUGCUGCACCAAUCAUUGCCUCAUAGAGGUGCAUUGAAUUAAUGCAUCUUUAUGGGGAACAUUCAGCAUCUCCAGUAUUACAAGGCAGCAAUGUAAACACUGCCUUUUCUCUAACUUCUUUAAGCUGUAGUGGUUCUGGUGACUACAGUGUCCCUUUAAACAGAAAGGGUGAAACUGUGGUAGAAUGAACACAUGACAAAACUGCCAAAAGAGCCUUGGUCCUUAAGGGGUUAAUGGACAGUGCCCUCCAUACACGAAAUACUGUAUAUAGCAAUGUAGACAGACGUACAGCCACAAGAUGUUUGUAAGGCAGUCUAAUAGAUACACAGUGUUACUCUGUAUAUUGACACUGUAUUGCAGUGUUACUCUGUGUGGCAGUGUUACUCUGUGUGGGAGUGUUACUCUGUGUGGGAGUGCUACUCUGUAUGUUGGCUGUGUGUGGCAGUGUUAGUCUGUGUGGCAGUGUUACUGUGUGUGGCAGUGUUAGUGUGUCUGGCAGUGUUACUGUGUGUGGCAGUGUUACUGUGUGUGGCAGUGUUACUGUGUGUGGCAGUGUUACUGUGUGUGGCAGUGUUACUGUGUGUGGCAGUGUUAGUCUGUGUGUGGCAGUGUUAGUCUGUGUGUGGCAGUGUUAGUCUGUGUGUGGCAGUGUUAGUCUGUGUGGCAGUGUUACUGUGUGUGGCAGUGUUAGUCUGUGUGGCAGUGUUACUGUGUGUGGCAGUGUUACUGUGUGUGGCAGUGUUAGUCUGUGUGUGGCAGUGUUAGUGUGUCUGGCAGUGUUACUGUGUGUGGCAGUGUUAGUCUGUGUGUGGCAGUGUUAGUCUGUGUGUGGCAGUGUUAGUCUGUGUGUGGCAGUGUUAGUCUGUGUCUGGCAGUGUUACUGUGUGUGGCAGUGUUAGUCUGUGUGUGGCAGUGUUAGUCUGUGUGUGGCAGUGUUAGUCUGUGUGUGGCAGUGUUAGUGUGUCUGGCAGUGUUAGUGUGUCUGGCAGUGUUAGUGUGUGUGGCAGUGUUAGUCUGUGUGUGGCAGUGUUAGUCUGUGUGUGGCAGUGUUAGUCUGUGUGUGGCAGUGUUACUGUGUGUGGCAGUGUUACUCUGUGUGGCAGUGUUACUCUGUGUGGCAGUGUUACUGUGUGUGGCAGUGUUACUGUGUGUGGCAGUGUUAGUCUGUGUGGCAGUGUUAGUCUGUGUGGCAGUGUUACUGUGUGUGGCAGUGUUACUCUGUGUGGCAGUGUUACUCUGUAUUGUAUUGUUAUACUCGGACUGUGUCCCAUGUCUGUCUGUCUGUAUAGUGGAGACUGACAGUGUGCAGGCUGCUAUUCCCGGUGUACCCGCUGUACCGGCGGCUGUGUGCCUGCCCAGUAUAAUGUAUGGCUGAUAAUACACUGUGUGUGUAUAGUGUGUCAGUUAUGAUGUACGGCUCGGUAAUCAGGUCCAUACUCAACUCUCAGCCGCUAAUCGCCUUCCGCGAGCACGGGACGGUAAUAAAUGGUGCACCGAGAUCAGACGGACCGCUCCCCCCGGAUACAAGGAGCCACUGGGUAGUUCCGGGAUAACAUGUGACCGCUCUGCGAGCAAAAGGCAGGCAUCCUGAGAGAGAGAGGGUAAUUAACCCGGCAUGGCGGGGGGAGGGGGGUACAUGUAGGAUGACCCAGUACAUUCAUAAAACACACAAUACACUCUGCAUGCAGCAAACAUAUCAGCACAAACAAUGCUGUGAGAGAUUUGGAGCAUCAUGCUAGUGUGCAGCCGGGUAUUUCAGGCUCAGCUCCUACUGCUAAAUGCAUUGUUAUCAGAAUGUCAAAACCAAUUAAUACACAUCUGGAAGAAAUCUAAUGAGGGAAAUAAUAUGAGUAGGACAUCCGGCAGUGGGAACACGUUACUUAAUGUUUAGUGUGGCGGAACCAGCCUCGCCACUGGGCAUUGGAGAAGACUGAUUGCCAGCCUCCUGCCAUGUGACUAUGGCCCCAUGUUGAAAUGCUUGAUAUUCCCCUGCAAAGACACGAAAGCCGGGUCAUUCGGUACUUGCCCUAUUUGAACAGUGAUACCCCAGAUAGCUAUGCCAUGGAGCCCAUUCGUUUAAUGAAAGAUUAUGUGAAAGACUUUGGCUCCAUGGCAAUUGAACUGUAUGUAUGUGAUCUGAGCGCCAUUCAGUAAUAAUGUGCGCUCAGAUCUAAGCUAUCUGGGGAUAUGUUGAAUGUACCUGUUUUAUGCAAUAGCUGCACAGUUAUAUAUAUUUAUGUAUUUUAUUGUCUUUUGCUACCAUGUGGCUAAUGGAGUUUUGCCUCUGUCCUUGGAGAUAAUUGGAUUACUUCCCAAUUAUCUCCAGGUUAGAAGACUCUGUGGGGGACGUGGCCGGACCGGGAAUAGAGAAGGACAUGUGAAGACUGCGCUCCUCUUCCCCCGGCCAUUAAAUAGCAAAAAACGCUCAGCUCCCCAGCCACCAAACCAGACAGAAUGGUCCGCAAUAAGAAGCUCCUCACCCAAGGCUCUCCACGCCACCAAACCGGCACGAUGGACAACUUUGUGUCCACACCGGGCACCCGCAGCGGCUCUGGGCCGGCAGACAAUAUGGCGCCCGGAUCCCCUGACCUGGAAAGGGCGGGAAGCUCCACAGCAGAUGGCACCCGGGAGGACACCCUGGCACUGAUCCGACAGGAGCUGGCCGCGAUAUCAGGGCAAAUGCUAAAGAAGACGGACACCAGCAGCCACAUACAAGACCUCCGAACAGCAGUCAGUGUGAAGAUUGCGGCCUUGCGCGCAGAUCUCUCAGCGGUUGAAGUACGCAUGGAGGCCCUUGAAACUGAAGCCCAGACGAGCCGCAGACAACACCAGGCGGCGGAAAUUGCUACAACCCGACAGGGAAAUCUACUCCUGUCCCUCCGGCGCCAGGUCGAGGACCUAAAAAACCACAGCACACGACACAACAUCCGCAUACGUGGCCUGCCGGAGUCGGAUGCAACCCCCCUGCCCGACACGAUCACAGCCCUUUUCCUAGAGAUUCUGGGUCGAGAUUGCCCACCAGAGAUCCAGUUUGAUCAGGUCCAUAGGGCACUGGGACCGCCGAGGCCAGAUGGCCGACCCCGGGAUGUACUAUGCUGCCUUCAUGUUUACAGUCUCAAGGAAAAGCUGAUGGUGGCGGCAAGGGGCUCUGACGGCUUCCAGUUCAGGGGCUCACAGGUUGCACUAUACCAGGACUUGUCCAGCCUCACCCUCGACGCUAGACGCGCCCUCAGUCCCCUGACCACGACCCUGCGGGAUAGAGAUAUCGCCUACCAAUGGGGAUUUCCUUUUAGCCUCCAGGUGAGACACAGGAAUAAUUGGCUCCACAUACGCUGGCCGCCGACGUCCCACAAGCCCUGCAUCUACCGAACAUCCGGGUACGAAAUUGGCUACUGGAGACCCCGCUGGCCACACGGCAGGACACUGAAGGAGCAACUCGCCAGCCAACAUCACGGCGAGAUGGAGACCGGACACCACGCACGUGGGGUGGCCCCGGCAAGACGGAAGAAUGACCGGGUGAGGAGGAGCGCAAGUGGUCCGGCGACCAGCCGGGCCCCAAGGUACUGGGGAACAACCGGGGACUGGGUCUGCGCCUCGCCCUAGGGGGACCAGGUUAACUCAGGUGGGGUGGGAAGUGACAAGAUUUCACCAACAACAUGGGGACUCGGCCCUCCGACCCUCCCGUACUGGCCCUCGCUUGCGCAACAGCCGGGACUUGGACUUAGACUGCUCGGGUCGCUGGACCCGCGGGGGCUCCCCUGCUCCCCCCCCCCCACUUCUCCCUCCUCUCACCGGGGCUAGUGCAGGGACUGGGAGAGAUAAGAAACACCCUGGGUUUUGGGCAGGAAACGGGAGCCCAGGACUUUGCGGGCGAAAUGGGGUGCUCUACUGUGGGUCGGCUUGGAGGGGUGAUUGGGGGGAAGGAGUGGACGGGGGGAAAACGGGGGACAAGGGGAAACCAGAAGUAGCCUCAGGGAAAUCUUAAAUUAUAGGCCACUAGAAUAGCGCACCAUACACCUGGAAGAUCAACCCCAACCCUGCCUCUCCAGUGCACCUGAAACGCCGAAUCCCCUUAUCAGUAACAUAAAGUCCCCAACAUAGUGAAUACACCCUCAUGUAGAAGCCCUAUCACAGAUACGACCCGAUACACACACACUAUUACACACUCUCCAAGCAUAGCUUCGUGGGGAGCGUAUAGGGGAGGGCGCCACAUAAACAGCAGGGAGGGUCCAGGUGGGAUACGAGGGGGGGGAGACGGCCCCCACAGAGUACACAAGCAGAGACCCCACACCUGAGGCCACACACCUGUCACACACGGCCUGAGGACCCCGGAGGGGGGAGGGCCAACGGAACCCGGUUAAGACCCUGAAAAACUAGCAGAUUGACAACACUCACUGGCUUGGGGGGAGGGAACAGUCAGGUUAGGAGGACGACGGUAAGAACCAGGGUGCUCCCCACGGACUUGUCCCCCUAGACAGUCAAGUCUGAUACUGUACAUAGUUCUUAAGUUUUCCAUACAGAGACAACAAGAGUUGACACCAACGCUCACCGACCAACCCUAACCCUAUCACCUCGCACUCCCCCCGGCAUGACGAAUUGGGGCCCCGGGGGGUACGCCCCUGCGCCGCUGAGCCUCUGGUCUAACAACGUCAGGGGCCUGAACGCCCCAGAGCAGAGGUCACAUCUGCUGCGAUCCUUAUGGGCAGCCAGGGCCUCGGUGGCCUUCCUGCAGGAGACCCAUUUCCGUGGAUCGGCCGGCCCCAUGGGAUGGGGGCAUAGGGGGGACGGGAACACAAGGUGGCUGCGUAUGCCGACUUUUUUUCAUACGAAACCCAGCGGUCUCGCUGCCCAAUCUCCUGGCAGCCUUCACUAGAUAUGGGACUAUAUCAAAUCCACCUUUAUCCCUUCCCACAGAGACAGUGGACAGACUGAAAACGAACUUCCCCUUCAGAUGGUGCACACACCGUAUCAAAUAUCUGGGAAUUUGGCUAACCAAAGAACCCACACGGCUCUACCAGGAAAACUUCCUCCCCAUUUUCCAAACCCUACGCACGGACCUCCAGAGGUGGGGGGUGCAUGUGCAUAUCAUGGUUUGGAAGAAUCAACAUCGUGAAGAUGAACUUACUGCCACGCCUUCUAUACUUGUUCCAAGCCAUCCCGAUCUCUGCCUUUUUCUGUACACUCGGCUCCACAAUGCUGAAGUUCAUAUGGGCAGCCGGUCCCCCAAGAAUCAAACAAACACAACUUAUUCUCCGGAGACACAAAGGAGGGACGUAUUACCAAGCCACCCACCUCCUGAGGAUCGUAGACACAGCCCGCCAAACGGAGACAGGGGCACGGGAGAUAUACUCCAUGCCAAAUCCCCCGCUCCCGCAGCUCGCCCAUCAAUUAGAUAACAACACAUCCACCUGAACCAUAACAAAAGGGCUAAGGUGGUGAAAGCGAGGGGACCAGCCCAGUGCCACAACGAAAAGCGGAUGGGACCAAGGCCUGCGCCUACCCCACACACGACCCAAGUAAGCUAGAUCACUGACACCCGCCCUUUUACCACCCGAGCAUAACACUAAAUAUAAAGAUCACCACCACUGGGAUGAACAAAGAAGGUGAAACACCGGGUCAGGUCCAGCUGAUAGGGCAUAUAGUUGUCUGAUAGGGGCUCAGAUCCAGCUAGGAUGAACAGCUGAAGCAAACAUAAAAACCCGUUCAAGACCAACUGAAAGAAUUGUAGGUCAUAUGAGCUAGGACCUUGGGGGUCACUGUUUAUUUCAUUGUAAGCUAUGAAUUUGCAUCGUUAAUGUAUCACUACUAGUUACUAUUCCUGUUUAAAUGUCAAAAUUACAAAAAUAAAGAAUGUAAAAAAAAAAAAAGACUCUGUGGAACCGGUUUUGGGCAGAAAAGCCAUGCUUCAUUUGGUCACAAAGGACUUCGAUCUAACUUUUGACCCACUGGACCAAUUUGUAUGAUUUUGACGUAUGUUUGUAUUUUGGAGUAUGCUGAUUUUGAAAGUGUAAGUUUUGUGUGAAUGUGAUGCAUACUUUUUAAGUUAUGAAUAUUGUGUAAAACUGUAUUUUUCUGCUAAUUCUGAUAAUUACAUUAACCCAUUGUGUAAGGUAAUUGUAUCACAGGUAGAGGGAAGGAUUUUGUGUGGGAGUGUCUUAGUUUAUUGUACGUGUUUAUCGGUUGUUUUACAAAACCCUGUGGGUGGUACUAAUGUGUAAGAAUGUGUAUAUAAGAACAAUAAACUCACAGCUCUCUGUGAGUUCUACUUCACCGUCAGUCUGAGUCUUGUCUCUUAUUGGGGGAACAUGCUACAAGGGAUUGCUAUGCUCUGCAUAUUCCCUUGCUGUAAUCACUCCUAAGCUCUUGUAAGAGCUUGUUCCUGCUUCACUCUGAAGGAAGAGAGGUUCGGCCUGCGGUGGUUGUGGUGUCGGCUUGAGUGCUUGGAGUCCUCAAGAAGCACUAGGAGCAUCCUUCAACGUAGGUACCCAGUUGGGGUGCCAGGUGAUCCGUUACAUUGAGUAUUCGGUAUUUAAUUUUUGGAGAGUGAGAACAUUGGAUUGACCAUACAUCUGGUAUGUGCAAGCAAAUCAGACCUAGCCUGUUAAUGUAAUAUACACAUAUCAGCUUAAACAUUAGGACCACUGACAGGUGAAGUAAAUAACAUUAAUCAUAUUGUUACAAUGGCAACAGUCAAGGUGUAGGAUAUAUUGGGCAGCAAGUGAAGAGUCAGUUCUUGAAUUUCAUGUGUAGGAAGCUGGAAAAAUGGGCAAACAAAAAGAUCAGAAUGACUUUGACAAGGACUAAAUAGUGAUGUCUAGACGACUGAGUCAGAGCAUCUACAAAACAAAGUCUUGUGGGGAGUUCCUGGUAUGCCGUGGUUAGUAUCUACAAAUGGUGGUGCAAGGAUGACAACCCGUGAACUGGCAUCAGGGUCAUGGGUCAAAGCUCAUUGAUGCACGCAGGGAGUGAAGUCUAGCCCAUCUGGUCCGUUUGUUGCUUAUGGGACUGCGUAAUCACAGUACCCAUAAGGUCCACUGCCAAAAGAGCCUUGACUUGAUAAUCAGAACUGGACCAUGGAGCAAUGGAAGAAGGUUGCCUAGUCUUCUCCAAUUAUUUAUUUAUUUUUUUUUUUUUAGAUCAGGUGGGUGUGCAUCAUUUUUACUUGGGCAGUGUUCUACUGCCUUGGGUACUGACAUCUGUGUGUACGUUACUCUGACACAAACCUAGAGAUUGUCAGUUGUGUUCUUUGAUGGCAGUGGUCUCUUUCAGCAGGAUAAUGCACCCUGCCACACUGCAAAAAAUGCUCAGUAAUUGUUUUAUGAACAUGACAAAGAGUUGAAGGUGUUGCCCUGGAAUCCAAAUUCCCCAGAUUCCAAUCCAAUUGAGCAUCUGUGGGAUGUGCUGAAACAACUAAUUAGAUCCAUGGAGGGCCCACAUUACAACUUGCAAGACUUGGAUCUGCUGCUAAUGUCAUGGUGCCAUGUACCACAGGACACAUGCAGAGGUCACUGUAACCACUUCAAUGAGAUGAAGCACUUACAGGGUCUCUUGAAUAGGAGACUCUCAGCACCGUAAUCAUUUUUUUUUUUUUUUAAAGGGACACUAAGCACCAUAGCAAUUUUAGGCUAAUUAAGUGAUUUAUGUGUAUAAAUAAUGUCCCUGUAAUCUCAUUCAUCAAUUCUCUGCCAUUUUGUUUAUGCAGUCCUAGCCAUACCUCCCAAGGCUGUUACUUGCACCCCUCCCCCCUCUACUUUUCUGACAAAUAGUCUAAAUUCUUUAGCUUUCCUUUUUGCACAGUGUGUUUAAUUUAGAAUUUCUUAUCUUCUGCACUGUAAUUGCCUGCAGUAGCUUCCUGAGUGGGAUUAAAGACCAAUUAAUCCCUUAAUAAGGUUUUAAAUUGCCAUUACAUCCUUUAAGCCUGUCCCUCAAUUAAUACUUGAUACUUCUUUCUGUCAACAUGGGCCAUAUUUAGUGACUUCAGACUGACAGAUAAACUGUAAUGGGGCCAUGUUUUUUCUGUUUGAUUGACAGAUGAGCUGUAUGCAGCGCUUGACAUGGGUAUAUCUAAAAAUUGCUUGCAAAAGCUGCAGAUCUGCUGUCUUCAGCUUUUCAAGCUCUCCCCUUUUAUUCAAAACACAGACUUUAUAAUGCAGGUGCUCUGAGCAAUUGCCUGCCUUUUGAGUUUGGAUCCAUUGCUAAACAGCUUUUUUUAUUGAGUAUGUACUUAAAUGUUGAUAGGCUAGACAUUUGUAGAUUGGUUCUAUGUUUUAAGUUUUUAUGUAUUCUGUCUGUGUUGAAAAUAAUACUGGCAUUCCUUUAUUUGCUAGUCAAUUGGAUCAUGUUUUGUUUUCCAGUGUGAACAUUGUAUAACAAUGGACCAAAAAGAACUUGGGGUUGACACCCCUGUAAUCACUGAUGAAAUGAAAGACUGGAUGGAGAAAGCUUUUCAAAUGGUAUGAGCAUAGUGUAGAGACUAAAUGCUACUCUGCUUUACAGGGUUAUAAUUGCACUGUAACUUUCAGUGGGUGGGCUUUGAUUGGCUGAGAAUGUGUCAGCUAAUGCUUUCAGAUAAUCACCACCCCUCAAACAGGAGAAAAAGUAUGCAUUCUACAACCAUGGCAAGGACUGCAUGAGGCAUCGGUUAUCCAGCUUCAGGUGAAACUGUACAAAAACAGUUUUACCCCUUGAGUUAAAGAAGCACAAAGUGCGCUAUGGCCAUGGUGAAAGGAAGUCCAAAACUUACCUUUAGGGGUUAAAAACUAUUCACUGCAGAAUGAUCUGUUGCUGGAGAGGAGAUUUCGUAUACAUCAGUUUUUUUAUUUUUUUAUUUAUUUAUUUAUUUAUUUUUCAGGCACAGGAUGCAUUGGAUAAUGGUGAAGUUCCUGUUGGUUGUCUCAUGGUUUACAAUAAACAGAUAGUGGGGAAAGGAAGGAAUGAGGUCAAUGAAACAAGGAAUGUGAGUAUAGUAAGCCAAAUGUCCAAUUAUUUAUCUCAUGAUGAAAUUCUAACAUCUAUCUGAAUGUUUUGCAAUGCCAGUAUUAUGGUAAUGGUUGUUGUUGACUGACAAAAAAAAAAUCUGUAUGGAGGACAAUAGUUGAAGGGAUAAAGCUCUGUACCAUCUUACAAUAUACAGGAGCAAAUCACUUGGCUGUUUGUAAAUUUCCACGGAAGAUUCUCGGGGGCCUGAGAACAAUACUAAUUGUCAGCAUAUAAAAUGUUGGUGGUUCCAGUAGCCAAACAUCUGUUCACAUAUUUAGCUGAAACUUAAUCAUGUUUCAUUACUAGAUAUUUCUCUGAAAAAACCUUGGUCUUUUCAUUACAGGCUACACGGCAUGCAGAAAUGGUGGCAAUUGAUCAAGUAGAUGAUUGGUGCCGGAAGAAUGGAAAGAAUGCCUCAAAAGUCUUUGAAGACACCAUUUUGUAUGUGACCGUGGAACCAUGCAUCAUGUGUGCUGGGGCACUGCGAUUACUCAAUAUCCUUUUAUACCAUAUUUGAUAUAUACAUAUAUUAAACGAGUACUUUAAAGGACCACUAUAGUGCCAGGAAAACAUACUCGUUUUCCUGGCUCUAUAGGGUCCUUGGGUCCCCCUCACCCUCAGGGCCCCCUUCCCGCUGGGCUCUAGGGUGAGGAAGGGGUUAAUCCCUUACCUCUUUUCCAGCGCCGGGCUCCCGGCACUUGGGACUCUGCUCCUCAUUCCAACGUCAUCGGCUGAAUGCGCAUGCGCGGCAAGAGCCGCACGCACAUUCAGCCAGUGCACAGGAAAGCAUUCUCAAUGCUUUCCUAUCGACGCUGGCGUCUUCUCACUGUGAAAAUCACAGCGAGAAGUGCGGAAGCGCCUCUAGCGGCUGUCAAUGAGACAGCCACUAGAGGCUGGAUUAACCCAUAUGUAAACAUAGCCAAAACGGUUAAUCCUAGAUGGACCUGGCACUUUAUUAAGUUGAAGUGGUCUGACCACUUUAUUAAGCUGAAGUGGUCUGGGUGUCUAUAGUGGUCCUUUAACAUUAGUCAUUCUAACAUUAAUGUUAUUCCUUAGCUUUUUACAUUUAAUGCCUUUCUGUAAAAGUUACCAUAAAGGAGAUGCAUCUUUAUCCCAUAUUGCCUGAGAUCUCUUUACACCAAAACCAUUAUAUGAAGUUCUGGUACUAAAAGUGUUAAUUUAAUCAUCUUUAGUGUCGUAGGGCAGUGAUGGAUAACCUUAACACCAUAAAUUGUUUCUGGACUACAUUUCCCUUGAUGCUCAGCUAGCUAGGUUAGCCAUCACUGUCCUGUCGUAGGGUAUCAUCAUUUUUUUAUAUUCUUAACAGUAAUACUUAUCAUGCGAUAAUCUCAUUCUAUUGUUUUUUUUUAUAUAAAAUCUUUAAAACAUUACAUGACAGUUGACACAGUCCCUGUUGUGUGAAAGCUAUAUAAAAUACCCUUUAUAUAUAAAGAGAAAAUAGUUAUUUCUAGUAUUGAGGAGUAAAUAUUAGUAAGCCAUGUAUUGCAGGGCAGCAGUGAAACAUACAUAGCCCAGCCUGCCUGAAGUUAGUGUGAGUUUUAAUUCCAGGCCUCAGCUGAAAAUAGCAGAUGCAGUAUAGAAAUGUAACUCCCAUCAAUGUUGAACUGAAUAGGUUAUGUACAUCCCAGUUCUGUCUUAUGAUUAACCCCUUAAGGACCAAACUUCUGGAAUAAAAGGGAAUCAUGACAUGUCACACAUGUCAUGUGUCCUUAAGGGGUUAAAGGAAACACAAGGCAUCUGAACCACUACAGCUUAAUGUAGUGGUUCUGAUGUACAUCAAAUGGGGCUGCAAACACUAAGCAGAGGGAUAUUCCAAUGGUGCCUCACAGGUGUGGAUGGAUACCCCAUACAUACAGUGUAUAGAAUUAAAAACUGUCUGUGCACUCAAAGGGUUAAAUCCAAAUGCAGAUGUUUAUUGGAAACAGAGGCAACAUUUUGGCCUCAGUAUAAGUACUUCUCAAUCUAUUGUUUUUGUUUUUUUUUUGUUUUUUUUUUUUUCUUCAAUAAAAUAUACCUCUGGAUUUAACACCUUUUGAGUGUCCGCACAGCUUUUAGGUUUAAACGCUUAUAUAGUGGUCCUGGACAAAUAGACUGUCUUUGCAGUCUCCGCAGUGUAAACACUACCAUUUCUGAAAGAAGGCAGAAUUUACAUAGUUUCCUAGCGCCACCUCUACUGACUCCUUUGGAGAGACACUAGAAUAGUGGUUCCCAAACUUUUUAGGUUCAAGGCACCCAAAAUAUUUCAGUAUUUUUCCAAGGCACACCAAGUCAAAAUUUCUAGGUUGCAUUUACUGGUGCUAUAGUGUAAUGUACAGUCUUGGUGUUUUGAAGGGAUGCUUGUAUAUAGUUAUUGUGUUUUAAUACAGGGGUGUGUUAGUAUGUAAUGUUUGCGUUUGAUUGCAGGGGUGUGUCUGAAUGUAAUGUUCACUUUUAAAUGCAGAUGUACAUUUGUGUGAAGUAUUUAUGUUUGAGUGAAGGGUUGUGUUUGUAUGUAUUUUUUUGUUUGUUUGUUUGAAUGCUUGUAUGUUGUGCUGGUGUUUGACUGCUUGGAUGUAUGCACAUACACUACUACAUAUAUACAUACAUACUUGCACAGAUGCAUAAAAAUACACCGACACUUACACACAAAUUCAUAUAGACACUGACACAUACACACACACACACACACAUACACACCAAUAUAUACACACAUGCAUUGUGACACACACAAACAUUGAAACAUGCCCACACACCCUGACACACAGACACACACACAUGGAUUCCUUUUAAUCUGUGUUUGCAGUAUACAACUGCUUGGAACACAAUUUAGGAAAUGAUGGAAUGAGGCAAAAAUGUGAUUCUUUGUUAAGCUAAUUUGCAUAUGCCCACCCAGACUCCUUUGCGGUUGUAACAUCACUGCAGAUUUGGGAUUUCUGUGGGAAAAGUAAGUCUUAUGGCUUGACUGGUGUGCAGAAUUUUGUUUAACAUUGUAUUAAAUAUAUAUACACAUACAAGUGAUUCUUUUUUUUAGAUCUCCAGCCACCCUCCAGUCAGCUUACCUUAUGUGCCAGGAGGGUGGCUUGGAGUCUUGCUGCUGGUGGGAGUGAGGGGUUUGAAUCUCUUUGUGCUUCAUUCCCCUCACACUGUGGAUGCCUCCUCCCGCGCUGCCUCCCUACAGGAAGCUGAGAGGAAGUGACAGGCUGUCAUUUCCUCCCAGCCAGCCGACAUUACAGGGGUCCGGUCCCCUGUUCAACAGUAAUGUUUCACCGGUGCUAUAAUCAUAGCACCAGGGAAACAUUCUGCAGCACCCUCUGCACUAGAAGCUUACAGUCCUGCAAAACUUGUCAUCUCCAUUUCCUGCACGAAGAUGCCGCAUGUUCCCCAUAUAGAUGCAUUGAGUCGGUGCAUGUCUAAGCAUUAAAUCAAUGCGUAGAGAUGCAUUGAGUCAGUGCUUGCCAAGUAUGAACAUGAGCCUCCCAAUGCUUCCCCAUGGAUUGGUGCUAUCAUCAGAAUUGAUGCUCUCAGUCAGAGGAGCGGCAGCCAUGGUGAAACCCACGUUCUGGUAAGGUAAGUAAAAUGCUUUCAUUUUCUUAAAUAGGAGGGCCUUAUAAUUUAAAUAUAAUACUUUAGCAUUAGUAACACAUUUUUGUAAUGUUAAUGCUAGAGUCUUUCUUUAAAGAAAACCUAGCCUGAGCACUAAACCUUGACCUAACCUGAAUCUUAAAUAAUGAAGUAAUACAAAAAAUAAAAUUCAGACAAAUCUAUAUUAUAAAGCAUCUUGAAAAAGGACUUGCACAUGUUAUCUGUAUCAUAGACUAACCAAAACAGUUGGCCCCUGAAAAGAUCUGUUUGCACCCCCAAAAUUGUAAACUUUGCGGUUAGUGGUUAAGGAGCAUGGAGGCUGUCUGAAAUAUUUGACAAAACUGAAUGGACAGAACAAAGUGGUUUUACAAGACCUUUAGGUUUACCCAAAAGACCACACUCACUGAUUGGGACAACAUACCAGGAAGUUUAAUUUCAUCAUAUUCUGUCCACAAUAUCACAGGCUAUAGCAGGAUUUAGCUGUGCAGAACUGAUGCAACCCUUAUGGUACGGCUAAAUUGCUUUCAACGUUUUUAAAUUUUCUUAGCUAUUUGUGUGAAUGUAGACAGACACUGUAGUGUGUGGGAAUACAGCGAUGUAUUUGAACAAUGCAACUCUAUUUCCCCCACAUGUUCUCCUUCUGUAUCUUAACCUUCUACUUGUUUCUCUUCUGUUUCCAGAUCUCACCUCACUUGUCUCCCUUUUUCAUCUCUACUCCAGUUGUGUUACUAUUCUCUAUCUCUCCUAAUCUUGUGUUAAUACCUGUUUGUGUCUCCUUACCUACUAUACCUCGACAUGACCCUCUCCAAUACCCCUUAUGUGUUACUUCAUCCUUCCAUCUCACACAUGUCCCUUCAAUCCUUCUUGUGGCCCUUCCUUGUUAUGUGGCCAAGGCAUAGGAGUGCCUUUCCUGCGGCCCAAUCUCUUCAAUGCACCUCUGGCAUUGGGUGCUCCACUCACACAGUAUCAUUGGCACUCCAAUGUGUUGUUUUAUGGUGGUUGCUCUCUAAACCAAUGCUUCUACUGCCACUUCCCCUCCCCUUCCCCUUUCUUAGCAGUCUACUGGUCUGUAUGAGACACCAUGCAAAAUAUAUACUGGAAAUAUGUUCCUAGAAUGUUAAUGAAUAUAGUGUAAUACAGUAAAAACAUAUAAAGUUGUUCCAAAUGUAUUGCACUCCAAAGCUUUAGAAGUUAUACAUCAGCAUAAAUGGUGCCUUCCCUGAUAUUAGGGGUUUAAUUGCUUUCUGGAUGUCUCCAAUCUGACUUAUAAAAGGACUGAUAAGGCAGAUGUAAGCAAAGGACUACAGCCAAGUUGGGAAAAAAAAGGCUUUUAUUUGAAAAAUAAAUACACAAAACUGCGGUCCUAUGCCUUUUCACCCUUCGGGGACCAGAUAUUAAAAACAUUAAAUAUUAAAAACGCAUGAAUAUAGUAUUUCCACUGCUGCUGCACUGUGGUCUGAUUAAGGUAUUAAGUUUAUUUUUUGGGCAGAGUGCCAGAAUCCCUAUUUUUAUUUUGUAACUUUACUUUUUCUCGGGACUAGCCCAUAUAUGCAACUUAUAGCGAGAACUCAAUAAAAAUACAAUUAAUCAAAUCAUAUCAGACAACAUACAGCAACUUAUUAACACAUUGACUUAUUUAUAAAGGGAUGGGAAAGACAAUAAUUAACACAAAAUAUCUCGCCUGCAGAAUUAGCAAUAUGCAAAUGAACAGGCCUUGCUAUUCAGGUAGUGCAUUUAGCUGUUGCUACCAACAGUUGGCGCUAUACAGGCUCCAUAGCUAAAUCCAUCUAGUUUUCAGCAAGCAUCAGCAAGAGAGGAGAGCAUACAAAACAUUUAGCCAAUUAUUCAAACCCUGCACCUAUAAUCGGUACAGGGUGACUAAAACAUAAAAAAAUCAGUAAAGUGUCCUUCUGCUUCCCGUGAUGGUGAUUACCGUCACACAGACCUCAGCGCAAGCAAGAGGACCUCAGGAUCAGGCCCAUAGCCUGGAGGCAGGAGGCUAGCCUUCACGGUCCUCCAGGAGUUUGUGGCAAGGAAGCGCUUGUGUCAAAAUUAAAUUAAAAUAUCACAAGUCGUUUAAAUGCCACUUCUUCACAGUUUUUGGACUAUUUCCCAUCAGUCCAUAAAACAGACAAUGCGGCUGAUGUAAGAUCAGCUGUGGAGUUGAACUUUACAAUCUGCACUAUAGAGGAGGAGGUGUACACAACCGGCUGGACCAAUGAGGCUCAAGGAAUUGGGAUUUAAGCAGGGACUCAGCUGGGCUUUAUAUUCAUUUGUUAUAUAAUAUUUGAUCCCUGAAGUUGACCAUGUAGUUGACCGCAUUUUUAUGUAUUUUUAAAUAAAGGCCUUUUUUAUUUCCAAUUGGCUGGAAUCCCUUGCUUACAUCUACCUUAUCAAUAAUUUCAUAAGGUGGAUUGGAGACAUUGAGAAAUCAAUGAGCCCCCAAUAUCGGGAGAGGCACCCUUUUUUGCUGAUUUAUAAUGUCUAAAUCUUGUGAUUGUGAUGCAUUUGGCGCAACUUUAUAUGUAGUAACUGUAUUACACUAUGCAAUAUGUUAUGUCCACUUGUAUUCCCUGUAAAUAAUUUGUAUGGUAUACUAUUGCAUCUAAGGGAAGACUUGUAGGGAGGUUCAUUUUGGGGACACUGAUACACCGGUUCCACACACUAGUUAAGUGUUUGGUUUUUAUUGGUCAUCGGAGUUAUAUAUUUGUGGUCUGUAUGAAAACAAGAAUAUUGAGCUGCUGGUUUUCUGCAUGAAAUAGCUUGACGCCCUGGUUCUAAUGUAUCCCUCUGUAUUAGAGGCAUACAAAAUAUUCUGUCCUUAAUUUUCUCCAGUAAUAGAACUACAAGUUAUGAAAACAUUUGCUAGCAACUGUAUAUAUUUCCAGUAACCAACUGGAGGAGGAGGAAGCACAUUAUAUAAUGUAAUAUAUAUAUAUACGUCCCAGGUCCCAGCACUCAAUGCUCCCGGUCUUUUAAUGCUCCGGUGCUGUCUCCAACCAAAUUGUAUACAAUACCAGUAGAGAGCACUCAGGAGUCUUUCAAGGUAAAUUUCAUCUGUUGCUUUAUUGAGCAAUUACAAAUUCACACAACGUUCCAUAUAUGGUUUAAGUGAUUUUACUUUGUCUUUGUUAUAAAUAAGUUCACCUGUUACAUGUCUAUUAGUGUGUCAUUACAUUUUGUAGAAAUUUCCCAGAUCCCCUUACCUCCAGGGACAACCCCUUAAAUAACCCCUUAAAUAAAAUUGCCCCCCCCCUUCAUCAAAUGUAAUGCUUGUCAAAAUGGUAUACUGCUCUUUCAGAAUUCUGAAUUACAUUGUAUAUUAAUAGUGCCUUUCACCUCAGAUUAGUUCCUUGGCAAUUUAAUCUUUACAGUUUUUUAGUUCAACAGCCUUUAGCCGUUAUUUUUUUCCUCCCUGAGCCUCCUGUUGCUAAGAUUGAAUUUCAUUUUUGGUCUCUCCUUGAAUCUUGUUCCUUUCAAGCUUCCUUUAUUGUAAUCUCCAAUCUACCCUUUGUACCGGUUUAUAUUUUCUGUAGCAUGGAUUUACUAACCUUUGAUAUUUUGUUGCAACUUUUAUGGGUUGGAAUAUUGCUAAAGUUAUGCAUUGAUGCUUUUUAGUUUUUUUUACACAUCAUCCAGUAUGUAAGAGGCAUUAAAAGAUUUAGGUUUUUGUCUUUUAUUUAUUUAGGAUUCCAAAUUAUAGUUAACAGAUUUUCAUCACAACCAUAUCAGAUAUUUUAAAAUUCUAUAAAUAAUAUUAUUGCACAAUAAAUUGGUCAUUCAUAUUGUAUAUCAUAUACAUUUGUAACUUGCUUAAAAAUAUUAAAAUUGAUUCCGAGAACAGUAGGGACUGGCACCCCAAAAUUUUGACAAGACCCUUUCUCAAUGGGUUCUCAAGAACUCCUUGAGAAAGAGGUCUUGUCAAACUAUUAGGGGGCAAGAUAUGGUGACAUAAAUAUAGAAUUUCCCUUUUGUACAUUUGGUGUGAAAUUAUUCUAUAUGAUUUCUGAUAUUUUAUGGAUAAAAUGCAUUUUCUAUUAUUACAAACAUUUCCUUCCUUUACAUCAACUUACAAAUUCCUCUGGUGGUGUAUGGAUGUCGCAAUGAAAGGUUUGGAGGGUGCGGGUCUGUACUGAAUAUAGCUGAAGAUGAUAUCCCUAGUACUGGAACACCUUUCAAGGUACAAUUACAGGGUUUAUGUAACAUUCGGGAUCUUAAUCCGCUAAAUAACUACUUUGAAUCAUAAUAGGAUUUCUAAAAAUUUUACCGUAUUUAAAUCCAUUUCCUGAGUUCAUAAAUUCUUACUAAUUUUCUCUAAACAGUGCAUAGCUGGAUACCAGACAGAGAGAGCUGUUGAAAUGUUGAAAACUUUUUACAAGCAAGAAAAUCCGAACGGUUAGUUAAUUUGUGUACAGGAUUAAUUUUAUAAACUGAUCCAUGAUUGACUGAUAACAUUUUAUGUUCUUAAUUUCAGCUCCAAGAUCAAAAGUUCGAAAAAAGGAAUAA